GGAACCAGCAGGCUUCGCCUUUGCCUUCGCCGGUUGUCAUCCAGCGGGAUGACUACCCUGAGCAGUUUCAUUUCGUUGGCAGUCAUUGUUUUAUUUCGUUCCGUAGGAGUACAGAGCUCCCCAAAGUAAAAAUUCGUAUUUUUCCACCCCAACCGGGUUUUAUUUGGUGUUUCGUCGUUCGCUUCUUUUCGUUGAUCGGUAGCCCGUGGAGAAACGUGCUUCGUUUUUGAGCGUUUUGCCAAAAUUAAGCGUAGAUCAUCGGUAUUCAGAAUGAGUAGCCAUCCGUGCAGCCUGGGAAAGCUGGCCCAGCGUGGUGCCAGCCUGCAGAUCUCUCCCCUGGCCACCACGAUGAGGAGUUUCCACCACAGCCGGAGCAGGCCGACGGUGGUCCCGAUCAUGGGCCAGUUGAGCAUGGGCCAGCGGAUCAAACCCGACGACAACGGUCGGGUGCGCAAGAUCGUGGGCGUGAAGAAGUCGCUGGUCAACCAGAUGCAGGGCAUGGCCCCCAGCCUGGGACCCUCGAAGGUGGCUUCGCCCUACAAGACGCGACUGUUCUCCUCCUCGAGCAGCCUGCACAGUCGCUCUCUGCAGCAGCAGCAGCAGGAGGAGGACGAGGAGGAGUACUCGGACCCGGAGUCCCUGCCGCCCAACACCACGGCCUCGUUGUCGGCCACCCAGAGGGGCUACAACCGGGCGGAGGGAUUCGGCAAGGGCAUGGCCAUGCAGGCGGCCCGGGACAUCAGCAGAUCCAUUCAGGAGGAACUGAUGGUGGUGGACGCCGACACGCGCCACAUGCUCAACUGCGGUCCAAGCCGCCAGGCGCUGCGCAACUACCACGAGCAGAUGGCCCACAGGGCGAAGGCUCCGGGCGAUCCCAUGACGGGCUGGAAGCACCCGCGGCCCCUCAAGCACCUCGCCACUGCCGCAGUCAGCAGUGCGGGCGAGGGCAGCAGCAGCAGCAGCAGCUAUACCGGUGGGUCGGUGACCCAGCCCGAGGUGGCCCAGCCGAUGGACCGCCAGGUGAGGCCUCGUCGCCGCCAGAUGGUCAUCGCCCACGCCGGUCGCAACCGCGAGCAUCUGGCCCAGCUGCCACCAUUGAAUGCGCCACCCAAGUUCGAGCUGUACGCCUCCAAUGCCAGGGAGAAGUUUUCGGAGCAGCGCACCGAGCUGCGUCCGCCGACCAGCUGGCACAGCCCCAAGGAAGCCGUCGAGCAGAAGCCCGAGGACCUGCUGAUGGACGUGGCCUUGGCCCGGGCAGUCCGGCCGGACAUCACGGUGGCCAGGGGCGUUCAGCGGUCCGGCGAAGAGUCCGCCACCGAGUCGGACUCGUGGUACGAGCAGCCUGCGGCUGAGCGGGAGCUCCUCAAGCAGGCCAUCCUCGGCGGAGGCAGGAGUCGCCUGGAUGCGCUGCACUACGAGGCGGCCGACAAUGCGGCUCAGAUAAGCGCCUCCCAGCAGGUGAUAAACCAGAAGUACGCCGGUUUUCGCAGAACGGCCAGGGGCAACCAGAAGCAGAUGAUCCGGCAGAUCGUGGAGCCGGUGAACCCGACGCCCCAGCUCAAGCCGAGUGCGCGGGCCAUGUCGGAGCCGCGGGACUCGCGAAAGCGGUGGGGCAGCGUGAGGCAGGGCACUGGGCGACAGGCUACGCCCAAGUUUUUCGCAAAUGAAGGAGAGCCACGAAACGCGGGAGAGGAUGAAGACGGGUCCAGUUGGCCACCGCCCCAUAACACUCAGUUCCAGAUGGCCACGCGGAGUGAGACCCGCCUGGAGUCGGAGCAAGAGGGGCGCGGCAGAAACGAGAUGGGCGAAAAGCGAGGCGCCCAGAAGACGGUGGCCAACGAAGCUCCGGUGGAGCACAACGAUAUCGGGAUGCCGGAGGGAUACAAGAGGGAGUCGGCCGUGCAGCGCCUGGGAAGCACCCAGCACUCCAAGCACAGCAGCCGCGCUCUCAACAGCUACUAAGCCCCCGAUUUGCCGAUUGCCGUCUGCAUAGUGUACCAUCCAACGCCCUGAUAGUCCAAUCCGAUCCCAGUCCGUGUCCAGUCUCCCAGCCCGACCAUAGCACAUAGCCAGACGGAUGUUUUAGCAUGGAGUUGUCUAAAUCUUUAGAAGUCGUCCAAAAUUUAAGCCUGACAAUCCAAUUGGCCAAAGUGUAGUGAUUUCAACGUAGAACAAAGUGUCUCAAAUAAAAUCGAUUACAGUUGUGUAAAUUAAAAUAUAACCGUUGAGAUUUAUAGGUUCUUGUUGUAAAAUCAGCAUUAGCUGCGAAAUAAUUGUGGAACAGUCAUAAUGACUAAAUCCAUUCUUGCGUUCUCGUUUACUUGGGGAAAUAACUUUAAAAGCCAUAUUGAAGCAAUUGCUGUACUGUUGUUUUUCAACUUAUAUUUGGGUUCACUCAAGCAUCUUUCAGCAUUGUAAAAUAAACAUCUUUGCGCCGUCUAAGUGUGUUUUUCUUUCACUUUAGUUCACUCUGCUAGUGCCGAUGCCAAGCGAGCUCUUUUCAUUUGUAGUUUGAUUUAAAGCCCAGACAAGAGAUACCCACGAACUCAGCAGACACACUAAACUAGCACGGCACACAUAACAAAAUAAAAUACUUUUAAACGAAACCCCAACAACCAAAGCAAAGCACUGAUAUUUGAAAGCUAAUGCCCAACAACC